AUGAGGAGAGCUACUGUCGAUGACCGGGACCGGCCAACGAGAAUAGCUCUCGUCCGGUCCCGGACAUCAGCGGAGCUGCCGUCACGAACGGGCCCGGCAAUUGAGAAGAGCUCUGGUCCGGUCCAGGCCAUCAGAAGAGCUACUCCCGAUGGCAAGGACACUUCAUCGGGAGUUUAUCUCUACAGUCUAUCAAAGUUCCGGCCGUCGCUCCAGAAGACCUGCCCUGUUAAGCUACACCCACUUUAUCGCUCGGAACUGUGUGUAGCUGGGGCUGGACCUCCAUCAGGAGCUGCACUCUAUCGAUGGCCAGGACGGGUCAUCCCCAUUUCUCAACCCUCACCCUCCCCACCAUCACUUCAAUUUCCAUAUUCUAGCCCAAUGACAAGCCCUCAGACCGAAGGAUAA